CUGCGUUCCUAUGUCAAAAGACUACAACAUGUCCCCCUACGCCAACGGCUGGCAGGAAAACCAUUGCUCAGUUUACGGCCCUCCCCAUUCCAGUUCCAACCAACCAACCGAGCAUGCCGCAAUUCCUCACCCAGGUCAUCGAGUUUUCCAGCUUGAGGAAAGGCGUGAGAUAUGGUUCAAAGGUCAAAACGGGCUGCAUUACCUGCAAGACCCGACGCAUAAGAUGCAGCGAAGAGAAGCCGAGCUGUGUGAAAUGCACAAGCACGGGACGAAACUGCGAAGGGUACAGGAAGAAUAAAGGUCCAGUGCGGCACAAGGACGUCCAGAAUCCUGCCCAAAGAUCCAUCACUCAGCACGAGUCGCCCGCUCAAACAGUAGACAUAUUAGCCGAGUAUGGCGAUGGCCUGCAGUACCUGGAGUUUUACCAUCAUUGCGUUGGGAGAACCAUCGCCACUACCUUCGAUAGCAACUUCUGGUGUAAUAUAGCACCUCGGAUGGCUCAGUCAGAACCCUCGGUCCGUCACGCUUUAAUGGCAUUGGGAUAUUUCAACAAGGCUACCACGGGAAGCUUGAAAAAUGCUCGCUUGAGUGAUGAACGGCACGAAACGCUCUUCUACCAUUACAACAAGUCCGUAAGAUCGCUGAUUGAGCGGAUGAAGCAGAUCUCUUUCGAUCCCGAGGUCGGGCUUGUGACUUGCGUAUUGUUUGUGUGCAUUGAGUUUCUGAGGGGAGACUUCAUCACCGCAUUCACGCACUUGCAGAACGGGCUGAAGAUGAUAAAGGAGUGGCACUACCGACGAACUUGUAGACAGCCACCAAAAGAAGGGGAGCGACCGAAGUUGCGAGCCAUUGUCCACAGUGCACUUGAGUCCAACGACACCAUGACAGAGCUCGUACCCUUGUUCUUCCGAACAACCACGGUAGCUCUUCUCUUUGGUGUUCGUGCCGAGAAAAUCGUCGAGAUAUCCCCCGCCAUCCCCAGAAGAUUCCAGUUCAAGCCCUUCCACGACGUGUGGGAGGCUCGAGCCGUUAGUUUGGACUUUCAAAACGCUGCCUUGAUCUUCACCCGCGACAAUUCGCCCCGAGUUUUUCCUGUUCAGCCACUUACAGGCGAGGCCCUUAAAACCCAAGAAAGCAUCCUCGAGAGCCAUCGUUCCUGGCGAAGAGCCUUCGAAGCCUUUGAGCGGAGCACAACACUGAGCCCGGCUGAGCAAAUCACGGUCAAUGAACUCAAAGCAGGGUACCACUGCACCUACUUCUCCGUCUCGUGCAUAACGUGGGUCGAACAAUCUGGAUACGAUCAAUACCUAUGGGCAUACAAGGAGAUCAUCGAGCAUACCAAAUUCGUUUUUGACGCAAAAGGCCUUCCCGAGCGCUCUCCUCCGACACUCACUGAACCACUCCUCGUCUCCAAGCCCAACGGUUACCGUGGGCCCCCACCUCGAGAGGGAAGUGUACGCCACGAGAAACCAUCCGCCAACUUCAGCUUCGAGGUCGUACUGCUGCCAUGCCUCUACUUCGUCAUUCAGCGGUGCCGCGACCCAGUCACGCGUCGCGAGGCGCUGGCCCUCAUGGAACGCAAUCCUCCGCGAGAAGCCCUUCUCGAUUACGAGAUGGCGGCCAUCGCCGCUCGCCGUGUCAUCGAAAUUGAGGAAACCACACUCGAUCCCAAGACUGGGUGGCCCGUAGAGCAGACACGACUGUGGCAUGGCGUCGUCGAUGGCACUAUAGAUAGUGAUGGCGGGUUUUGGAUCAUGUUUUCUAACGCGUAUUGGAUUGCGGGUGGAGGUCCACAGAAUGAGGAGGAGGAGUAUUUGUGCAAGGUCCCGAGAGACCCGACGGACUUUAGGGGACGAGUAGAUUCUCAAUGGCAGGAAUACUAUAAAUUGGGCGAUUGA